UCAGCUGCUCUCUUCAAGUCCACCAGCAAGAAGACAAAACAGCUCCUUAAACAGGAACUUGGAUAAUGGCAGGCGCAGGAGUUAGUGCACUUUGCGAAAACACAAACGAAGUUUUUCUGGACGUUUCGAAGAUAUUACUUACCUAUGCAGACAACAUCCUUAGGAACCCAAAUGAGGAUAAAUACAAGUCGAUCCGAAUCGGCAAUCCGACUUUUUCCACCAAGAUCCUUCCUGUCAGUGGAGCCGUGGAGUGCCUUUUUGAAAUGGGAUUUGAAGAGGGAGACACACACCUGAUAUUCCCCAUGACGGCGUCGGUGGAGCAGCUCCGGAGGGUGCGGGAGCGCAUUGCUACGGAAAGGAACCAGAGGAUGGGGGCCACCGGUGCCACAUCAGGGGGAGUGGGAGUAGCGGCCAGGGCAGCAGCUGGGGGCCAGGCAGCAUCCUCCACACCUUGGGCACCCAGUGCAGGAGCGUCAGUGUCGUCAGCUGCCACUGCUGUUGCCCCUCCCACCCAACCUCUAACACCUGUCUCCUCUGCAGCACCCUCUCCACACAGCUCCUCCCAGCAGCCUUCACUGGCUAAAAGUAUGGCUUUCUUCCGGACACUGCAGUCCAACUUCCAGCACGUGUUGAUGUAUGAGGACCCGGUGCUGCAGGGCAAGGCCCGGGCCUGCAUCCCUGAGAGCCGACUCCUCUCCCAGGCCCAACAGAGGCUGGAGCGGGCACGGCAAGCGGACCCAGGCUGUUCCCUGGGAGAGGCGGACAUGUUGGUGUUGGAGCUGCUCCAGUGGUUUAAGGGAGAGUUCUUCACCUGGGUGGACAGCCUCCCCUGCUCCCGCUGUGGGGGCAAGACCCAGUCUGCUGGCUCCCUGCCCCCCUCAGAGGAGGAGCUCCGCUGGGACGGAGGGCGUGUGGAGAAGCACUUCUGCAACGCCUGCCAGACCGCCACACGCUUCCCCAGGUACAACCACCCUGAGAAGCUGCUGGAGACCAGAAGAGGGCGCUGUGGAGAGUGGGCCAACUGCUUCACACUCUGCUGCAGGGCUCUGGGGCUGGAGGCACGCUACGUAUGGGACAGCACAGAUCACGUGUGGACUGAGGUCUUCUCGGUGUCGCAGGGUCGCUGGCUGCACUGUGACUCGUGUGAGAACGCCUGCGAUAAGCCCCUGCUCUACGAGGUGGGCUGGGGGAAGAAGCUCUCCUACGUACUGGCCUUCUCCAAGGACCAGGUGGUGGAUGUGACGUGGCGGUACUCCUGUAAGCAUGCUGAGGUGCAGGCCAGACGUACUCAGGUCCAGGAGACAUGGCUACUGCACACGGUCAACAGCCUCAAUAACAUGCGUCAGCAGGGUAUUGCAGCUGAGCGCAAGAAAGAGCUGCUGGGGAGGCUGCUGGUGGAGCUGGUGGAGUUCAUCUCUCCCAAGAGCCCCAAGGGCCAGGGGGAGCUGGGGGGCCGCGUAUCGGGGUCCCUCGCCUGGAGGGCAGCGCGCGGAGAGACGGGGGCGGCAGCAGCAACACAGGCCGAGGCAGCAGCAGGAUAUGUCUUCGUCCCCACGGAGACGGAGAAACGGAGUAAAGAGUUCCGCCUCUGCUACAACGCCGCAACGGACAGCUACACGCGACCGAGCAGCGGCGGGGGAGACGAGGACAUCAGGGGCUGGGAGAGACGCGUGUGGAGCAGAGAAGACGUCUUCAGGAAAGUAGAGAACGACUGGCAAAUGGUGUACCUGGCUCGCUCGGAGGGCUCCAGCUGUGGCAGCGUGAGCUGGAGGCUGGACUGUGGGGCAGCGGGGCUGCGCAUCAAGAAGGCCGUCGUCAGGGCCCACACGCAGACCUUCGAGACGGGACGCACACGCAGCAGUGUCUGCUCAGGAGACAUCUGUGUCGCAUUUGCUGGAGACGGCGAGCCUCACGAGUUGCCGGCUCUAGCUGGUGCCAGUGAGAUGACCGUCGAGGUGCACCUGGAGGAGGGGUCGUCAUGGCAACACGCCCAGCUGUUCCGCCAGGGGCUGAAGGACACGGACAAGAUCUCGCUGGAGAUCGCUGUGGAGAUGGAGGACGCAUGACCUGACCUGAUCUGACAGAGGAGGAGGAGGAGGAGGAGAACCGGAGAGAAUAUAGGAUGAACGUGAAAAUGUCUUUGGCUGAACGUCCACCUGAAGACGCCGAGAGAAUACGGAGAAGAAUUUAAAAUAUCUUUGGAACGAACGUCUAACUACUGUAGAUGCCUCAGUGACCAAACACGCUGUAGACAGAACGCAUCUCUACAGAUUUGAAGCUUUUUCCACGAUUGGUUUUGCAACUGAUGUGUUUUUGAUGGUUGAGAAUGUUUCAAAUAGAUUUUAACUGAAUACAUUGGAACCUUGAUGUCCAUUCUGAUUCUAAAUGACAGUCAUUGGAUCACCCAGAGCACACUGUGCUGUGAGUGAGGUACCCACUUUAGAAAAGACUGGCAAGUGGCAGUGCCAUGCUUAGACACGACCCAAAGCAAACUGGAGAACGGCAUCGAAAAUGGUUAUCAUGGAAUUAAAAUGGUGACCCUGGCAUUAGUGAAGACUCCUCUGACAACAAGAAAGCCCAGAGUAGGCCAUGUAGUCAGGCGCUUCAAAUGGCACUCUAUGUGGUCUAGCGCACUACAUAGUUUACAAGUGAACAUUUUGCACAAUGUACAGCUCUAUGUAGUGAAUUUGCAGAUGUGUACAGUACAGUAAGGGCUCUCAAUAUAGUUAUCAAGUGGACAUGCUCCUUAAAUUGGGUGAGGUGUGGUAGUGGAUGAAGUCUAUUCUUUCCUGCAGCCAUUUGGCUUAGUGCUGAACAGGGAUAUCAUGCAUGUACUACCGGUAUUUCUUGGGCCUGUUCUAUUGUGGAUAAUGCACCAAGUCAUUGUAAAUGUGCCAAAUAUGUAAAACAUGUACAAUUUCGAGCGAUGUGUGAGUUUUUUCAUGUCUUGUUUUGUCUGUGUUAUUUUGUUAUGUAUGUUUGGAUUCUGGUGGGAGUUGUUUGUUCCUUGUAUUUUGGCAUUUAACUGUUAAUCUUCCAUUAGAAAUGUCAUAAUCUGCAGUGAUUUUAAAUAGUUUGUUCUUUUUGUUCGUUUGUUUUUUUUAAUUGGAAACAUUUGUCAACUGUAAACUAGCAUAUCAAUUUCUUUCUACCUCUUAAAAUGGUGAAAAUAUUAAAAGCGCUUAUCCUUUUGUAAAA